UACUGAGGUCCGCUGUCCCGGAAGUAAGUUUAGUUUCACAUCCCUGAACACUGCACAAACUUUUAUAGCCAACUUCAGUUUUGACUGCCGGCUAGCAGGAAUGAAUCCAUGAACUAUGCAACAUGCGGUAAAGUUAGAGAGCUUUGAAGAGAAGCAGAGAGGUCCAGGAAGCCUGUAGGUACUUGAGCUGACAAUGUUGGAUUGACCUCAGAUGCUAGGCCUCAGCUCUACCACACCCAUUCAGAAUGGCUGGAGCAAAAGACUCCAGGAACAGACUAUCAGGCCUAUCGACUGGUCUGGGGGAAGUCAGGAAAUCCAUUCUGGACAAACUUUCCACUUUCGGUCAACAAGAUAAACAUGUACCACCUGGUGUCACAGAACCCCACAUCACUAUCGGCGCUCAGGAACUUCUGUCUGACGGGAAGGCAGUGUUUUAUGGCUGGUUACGGAAGAAAGGCAAUGAUGCCAUCUCACAAAAGUUUAUGAGAUGGAAACACAGAUAUGUCAUCCUGAAGGAUGGCUGUGUGUAUUACUUCAAGAAUGAGACAUCUGAAAAGCCAUGUGGAGCCUUUUCUCUAUCAAGCUAUACCAAAAUAAUGAGGGCAGAGGACGUGAAGACAGCAGAGUUGCCUUGGCCAUUUAAGCUCAUCAGCAAAUAUGGACAAAUGAGAACGUGGUACUUCUCUGCCUCUAAUGAGCAGGACAUGCAGCACUGGAUGCUGAACUUGCAGAAGGAAAUGGAUGCAGUGAACUCAUGUACCAGUUCACAAGGUGCCCCAGGGGUGGGCCACACUACUAGGACUAGUGGAGGUGGGCGGAACCCAGGUGUGGUUGUUCCUGAUCCAGCCUAUGGUGAUGGCUCAGGAUUACCAAUAUACCAUGAUGCUGAUGAGGAGGACCACUUCUAUGAAGACCCAGACGAGGACCUGGCAGAAGAAGAGGACUACCUGCAGGUCAGGGAUGAUAACCCCAGAGUAGCACCUGUUGGAGCAGAAGCUGCUCAGGACCACAGAAUGUUCCCAGACAAGCCAUUGCCACCGACGCCAACCUCCAGGGUGACGCCAGCCUCACAGGGGUUUGGACAAGCAGGGACUGCUAGACCACCCUUUCCCCUACCCAAGAAUCAGAAUUCCGGGCCAACCAAGCCCCCACCAGAAACACCUGUAGGGGGACAAAGGAGCCCCAAAAAAGCACUGGUCCCUCCUCACAUGGCAGGGGUUCCCUCCUUGCCCUCACGUCAUGCUGAGUCGAAGGGCAAAGUACCAUCUCCUCCAUGGAAAGAACUUAAAGAUGUGAAAAAGGCCAGUGAACCUAUCAACAUCACUCCAGGCAGGACUGCUGGCAGGACAGUGGGACCAAGAGAGGCUGGAGUAGGAAAACAUGCAAAGAAUAAAAAAAAAGAAAACCCUAUGGUCGGAGCUCUUGUUGCAGAAAUGAACCAAAGGUUUGGGGAGAACUGGCAAGCAGCAGGAGGAACAGCCAAACCAAUACCUCCAGAUAAACCUGUUUCUGCAGCAAAACCUGACCUUAAGCCAAAGCCAGGCCUCCCACCCAAACCAGGAACUUCCCCAAAGCCAGGAUUAGCACCCAAGCCAGGACAUCCUCCUAGGCAAGGCACAAAACCACUUGUACCACCACACAAGCCACAGGUUGAAGUUCAGGGGAUCAUGGAGGACAGAUAUGAACAUGAAGAUGAGGAGGAGGUGCCUGUAGAAGACCCAGGAAUCAGGAGGACACCCCCUGAGGGCAACAGCUUCUCCAAGAAGAACUUUAAUGAAAAUCCUGAAAAUGAGACUGAUGAUGUCAUGCCAGCUGAUGUAUCAGAAGAUGUUGAUAUAGAGAAAGCAGAAAGCCGUUUGAGGUGGAGUCAGGUGGAUGGGAAGUAUUUUCUUAGACCAAGUAAGCAGGACAAAGGGAAAAUGGUUCUUGUUGUGUAUGAUUGUGCUGGCCAGAAGUGCCGGAAAUUCAAGAUGUAUGGAUUGGGUUCUCAGGUGCAUUUGCACAAAGGCGAGCCAACAUUUUCCUGCAUUCCUGACCUACUGAGACACUACCAGUACCACAACCUGCCUGUAUCAGAUGAAGGGGUGAUCAGGCUGACUGAGCCAUACAAAGGACAUUAGCAGCAUGGUCAUAUCCCUGGAAGCUAUUGUCUGUUUUUGAGGAUGAGUGAUGACCAUCUUUUCAUCCUUUCACUUUGGCCUGUAAAGUAAUGAUUGGCAGUGGGUCUCCCAUCCAUUGCCAUUAGCUAGCAGUGGUAUAGAACUACAAGAUGAUGAUAUAUAAAGCAAAAUAAUCUGUAAAGAUAUGCAUUGGGGUUAUGUUUGCUGCGGGCAGAAAAUCUGUAAGCCAUCCUGUUUGUACUAAAUAAUGAUGGUGCUUUUAGCCCAAAUGACAGUAUCUUGGCAAGUUGACAUCUUUACGUGAUUUUACCAUUUUUCUCUCUGACCCCCUUGAUUUUACAUAUUUUACAGGCCAGAUGUCAGGUCUGCCUGAUACUUGUCUGAAUCAUAGGGAGGAUUGAGGGAAGGAAGGAUCUGAGUUUGUUUGGUGCAAUGUUGGAUAUCUUGAUGCAUCUCUAAGCAAAUAGCCCUGAGGGUUGUGAUGUGAACCUACCUGCACUUUCAAAUCUGAUGCUGUGC